ACUCCUAAUCCUCUAUUUUAUCUUCUCCAACUGAAAAAUUUACGCAUACACAGACGAUAACAUGGCAGUGAGCUCCGAUUACGGAGCGUUCAUGGAGAAAUUUAUUCUCCCGCCGUUGCCAACAACUUCUCCGGCGCAGCUCCCCUUGAAUCGCCUCACUUUUGCUGUCAAAGACAUAUUUGACAUGGAUGGAUACGUGAGUGGAUUUGGGAAUCCAGAUUGGUUGAAGACUCAUUCUGCUGCAACCUCCACAGCUCCUGCUGUUUUGGCCAUGUUGAAUGCAGGUGCCACAUGUAUUGGAAGAACUGCCAUGGAUGAAAUGGCUUACAGCAUAAAUGGAGAAAAUAUACAUUACGGUACACCCCUUAAUCCAUGUGCACCAGAUCGUGUUCCUGGUGGAUCUUCAAGUGGCUCUGCUGUAGCAGUUAGUGCCAAACUUGCUGAUUUCUCUUUAGGCACUGACACAGGUGGAAGUGUAAGAGUUCCUGGAUCAUACUGUGGAAUCUUUGGGUUUCGUCCAUCUCAUGGAAUUGUUUCCACUGAAGGAGUUAUUCCCAUGGCACAGAGUUUUGAUACUGUUGGAUGGUUUUCUAGGGAUCCUGGGACUUUAAACCAUGUUGGGAAGAUAUUAUUAGGGUUACCAAAUGAAAAACUUGUGCACCCUAAUAAAGUCUUAAUUGCUGAAGAUUGUUUCAAGCUUCUUAGUAUUCCAACCACACGUGUGACCAAAGUCGUUGCUACAUCAAUCGAGAAGUUAUUCGGAGGUGAUAUUUUACAGUCUAUUAACCUUGGAGACAUUAUCGAAAGCAAAGUUCCAAGUCUGAAGCACUUCAUGCAGAAUGAUAUUACAGAAAACAAAGAAUUCAGCAUUAAAUCUUUGGUUGCUCUUUCUACUUCCAUGCGAUUGCUUCAAAGAUUUGAAUUCAAGAAGAACCAUGGUGAGUGGGUAACCACAGUUAAACCUAACUUGGGUCCAGGUAUAUCAGAGAGGGUAUUUGAUGCUCUUAACACAUCAGAACAAGACAUAGGCCCCUUUGACUCCAUUAAGACCCAACUACAAGAAGCUCUCUCUUCUCUCUUAGGGGAAAAUGGGAUAAUUGUUUUCCCUACUGUUCCUGGACCUCCACCUAAAUUGCAAACAGAGACAACUUCAUUGGAGACUUUUCGUGCCAGGGCAUUCAGCUUGCUGUCUAUAGCUGGAGUAUCUGGAUUCUGCCAGGUGACAAUUCCACUAGGGAAAUAUGAGGAUCUUCCUGUGUCUGUUUCUAUGUUGGCUAACCAUGGUUCAGAUGGGUUCCUACUAAAUCUUGUUGAAACCAUUUAUGACACUUUGAAAGAACAAGUUUCCAUUGCUGAGAAAGUGAAUUACUAGAUUCAGAAGGCUAAAUGUAAUUGAUAAGUUGAAAUUGCUUGAUAUGUAUGAAUAUAUGUGUAGAUACACAGUUAUAUGUAUAUGAAAGCAGCAAGUAAGAGUAAAAUACAAGUAUGGAUCUACUCUAUUACAGAAUUA